GAUGCUGCUGUUAUGCCUUUUCAGAGAAAGUUUUUCCGUAUCAUAUAGGAAUUUUGACACCUUCUUGAAAAAAAUAACCGGAGGUCAGAACAUAAAUUUGCGACCAGUCCUUGACCAUAAAUCGCCAGUGUAUAUUUAUAUGUUUUUUCAUUUAAUAUAUAUUCAGGAAUUCAAUGAAGUUAAAGGGAAACUAACUUUUACAGGAUACUUUAAUAUAAGUUGGGUUGAUCAGACUAUAUCAUGGAAUAGCACAGAAAACGGAAUCGAACAAUUUACUCUCCAAGAGCAUAUAAUUUGGAAACCAUCUUUUGUUCUUGGAAAUCCCUAUGACGAAGUAAAGUUAAUCUAUAAGGACGAAAAUGUAAUAAGAGUACAGAGUAAUGGUGUUGUUACGUGGACCACUGGAGAUAAUUAUGAGGUAUUCUGUAAUGCAGACGUUUCGAGGUAUCCAUUUGAUACUCAGAUUUGCAAACUUGAGAUAUUACCCUGGGGAUAUACAAAUGACGAAAUAGUUGUUGUACCGAUUUUCGACUUUGUUGUGCAGGAGUUUUACAAUCCACAAAAGACAUGGGACCUUAUUGGUUCAAGUGUUACAAAACGAGAAUACCUUCAACUCCUAACCUUUACAAUGUCACUCAAACGCAAUCCCAUGUUUUUCGUUCUAAAUCUGAUUCUCCCCAUUUGUGUGAUGAUUAUUUUGAACAUUUUUGUGUUUUUGCUUCCACCAGAAAGCGGAGAAAGAGUUGGAUAUGCUGUAACCGUUCUCUUGGCAAUCGCAGUAUUCUUAACUAUUUCAUUUGACAAUCUACCUGCAACUUCAAGUCCACGAAUAUCUUCCAUUUCUCUUCUUCUAUUUACCGAUGUUUGCAUAAGUGGUCUUAUUGUAGUGAUGGUCAUUGUAAGCUCAAAGUUUUAUCACCAGGAGGAUAGAUAUCCGGUGUCUACAUUCAUGAGGGGAUUUGUAAAUGUUUCAAGACGACUACGAUGUCAAGUGUGUUGUUGUAUUAGUAAAAAGGAAAAGUAUAAUGAAAAGGAAAACGAAGAGGAAAUUAAAUGGACCGAUGUCGGAAAGGAGAUUGACCUUGUGUGCGGUAUAUCUAUUAUUGUGGUGAUUUGUAUUGUCAAUGCUUUGUAUAUCAUAGAUGUCAUCGUUGGAUUACCCGUAUUUGAUUAGCCUAAAAGUAAAUCAUUUGAAUUCAAUCAUAUCCUCCAAAAAGACGUGAACAAGACUAGAUGGACUGAAUUACAUUUAAACAAUG